AUGCCUCCUCCGCCCUUGACAUCGCGCGUGCCCCGGCCCGAGGACCUCUUCAUGCCCGUCAAGUCCUACCAGGUCGAGGCGCCGUCCUCGACCUCGACCUCGUCCGCGGCGCCCACGCCCUCGCCGCUGCCCAUCCGCCUGGCGCCGGAGACCUCGGGGCCGCAGACGGCCGCCGCCGCCGACAGCAAGCCCGGGGUCUUCCCGGUGCCGAAGCUGCGCCUGGAGAUCCGGGACCUGAACCACGCCGGCGCCGGCAUCUUUCUGCACGCCAUCAACGCGGCCUCGGUCUUCGCCGCCUGCGUGCAGGACGUGCUGCAGAAGCUCUACGUGUCGCCGGCCCACCCGCACCUGCGGAGCCCGCCGACGCGGUCCGUGACGCUGAUCCUCCGGGACAUGGGCGGCGUCGCCUACACCACGGGGACGGACCUGGACGACGACCACAAGGAGAUCCACCUCAGCCUGCGGUACGUCGCUGGCCUCCCCAAGGAGCGCCACACCCACGAGAUCACCGGCGUGCUCACCCACGAGCUGGUGCACUGCUACCAGUGGACCGGCCAGGGCCAGGCCCCCGGCGGGCUGAUCGAGGGCAUCGCCGACUGGGUGCGGCUGAGGUGCGAGCUGGCGCCGCCCCACUGGAAGCGGGAGACCGGCGGCCGCUGGGAUGGGGGCUACCAGCACACGGCCUACUUCCUCGCCUAUCUGGAGGGUCGGUUCGGGGAGGACACGGUGCGCAGGGUGAACGAGAGCCUCCGGACGACCAAGUACGAGGAGAAGAGGUUCUGGACGGAACUCCUGGGCCGCCCCGUGGAGCAGCUGUGGGAAGACUACCGCGAGAAGAUGAAGGAGGACGGCGUGCAGGUCGACGUCAAGACGGAGGGCCAGGUCGACGAGGCUACGCAGACCUAG